UGCCCCGGGGCGGUGGGCAGCGCCGGUCCCCGGGCUCGAGUGAGGUGCGGCUCGCCCGGCGGCCCCCGGUGCCCGGAUGUCCGUCAGGCUCGGCGCGAGCCGAGGCUCCAGGGGGCGGAGGCGGCGCUGAGGACGCAGCGGCCGGGAGCGGAGCGUCCACUGGGCUGGGGCGUCCGCCGGGCAGCGUCGCCGACGGCUGUGGCUGAUGCUGAGCGCGGCGCGGGCGGAGGGGCCCCCGGGCGGAGGGCGCUGAUGGACUCCGGACGCCGGGCUGUGUGAGCCGAGCCAUGGCAGCCCACUCCAGCUUGUACAAUGAAGACAGAAACCUGCUUCGAAUCAGAGAGAAGGAAAGACGCAACCAAGAGGCUCACCAGGAGAAAGAGGUGUUUCCUGAGAAGGCUCCUCUGUUUGCAGAGCCCUACAAGACCGCAAAAGGCGAUGAGCUGUCGAGUCGGAUACAGAGCAUGCUAGGCGACUACGAAGAGAUGAAGGAGUUCUUGAGCGCCAAGUCCUGCUCUCAGCGCCUGGGUGGUUCUGAAGACAGGCCAGGGAGGCCGAGGUACCCUUUAUUUCACGACCGGGGGAGCAGCAUUGCGUCCAGCUCCUUCUGCACACGUGUCUACCACCAGCCCAUCCAUACUUCUGCCCCCGGAUCACUCCCUGUCAGCAACAUUAGCCACAGUCCAAAGAUGGCGCCGCCGAGGAUGGAACAGGUGCCAAGUCUCCAUGCCAAAAGCUAUGGCGUGCCCGACGGCCCACAUCUGACCCAAGAUCGCCUCAGUCAGGGGCACUGUUCCAGAAAGUGUGACGGAAGAGCUGAUGGCGCCUCAGCUCCGGAGAGGAAGCACUCACCGCUAAUCUCCUCUUUGCCAUCUCCGGUGACCCCUCUGUCACCGGUACAUUCCAGGCUGCAAGCAUCUAGCAAGGUUCAUAGCAGUGGCACUAGCAGUAAAAGCUACUGCGCAGCCACGUCUUCUAAGGACCUGGUGGUGAAGGCCCAAGAUAAAGAGACCGCUCACAACAGUUUGGUGGCAGUUACCAGCCUCGGAGUUGCCCCUCCUCAGCCGCCGCCUCAGACGUUUCCACCCCCUCCUCUCCCCUCCAAAAGUGCUGCGAUGCAGCGGAAGCCCACAGCAUAUGUCCGGCCCAUGGACGGUCAGGAUCAGGUUCCCACUGAGGCCCCUGAGCUGAAGCCGCCGCUGGAGGACUAUGCUCAGCAAAGCUUCGAGAAGCCAGACCUUCAAGUGCCUGCCAAAGCCAAGCUCACCAGACUGAGGAUGCCCUCACAGUCGGUGGAGCAGGCGUUCUCCAAUGACGUGCACUGUGUGGAAGAGAUUCUGAAGGAAAUGACCCACUCAUGGCCCCCUCCUCUGACAGCCAUACACACACCCAGCACAGCCGAGCCGUCCAGAUUCCCUUUCCCAACAAAGGAUCCUCUGCACAGCAACUCUGCAGCCCAAAGCCAAAAACAGUAUGCUGCGCCUUCAACAACCCACCCCACACAACAGGGAACAUCCAUGCUUGAGGAUGACCUGCAGCUCAGUGACAGUGAAGACAGUGACACGGAACAAGCCGCAGAGAAGCCUCCGUCCCCACCUGCACCUCCAAGUGCUCCACCGACACUUCCCGAACCCGUGGCAUCAGCACAUUCCAGCAGUGCAGAGUCAGAGAGUAGCGAGUCGGACAGCUCCUCGGACUCCGAGAGUGAGAGCAGCUCAAGCGACAGCGAGGAGGAGAACGAGCCUCUAGAGACCUCAGCUCCUGAGCCCGAGCCUCCAACAACGAACAAAUGGCAGCUGGACAACUGGUUGACCAAAGUCAACCAGCCGCCAGCGCCGCUCGAGGGUCGCGGGAACACAGAGUCCCCACGCUGGCGCCAGGAAAGUCAGGGUGGCGGCGAGCGCAGCACUGACCAGCAGCGUCCUGAAUCCAAAGAUCCUCCCGCCAAGAGUUCCAGCAAAGUUCUCCGGGGUCCCUCAGAGGGGCCACAGCCUGGGAAGAGGAGUUGUCAGAAAUCCCCCGCUCAACAGGAUCCCUCACCUCGGCAAACUAUUGGCAGCAAACAACCCAGAAAACCUUCCAAGGCCUCUGGCCAGGCGGAGCCCCAGGCCAGCUUGCAGGUGGAGAGCGAGCCAGGACCCCUUCCCUAUGGCUCAAAAGAGCAGACUUCCAAAGAUAAACCCAAGGUGAAGACGAAAGGCAGGCCCCGCACUGUGGGCGGUAGGGAGCCUAAGCCUCCGGCCCCCGCCGUGCCCACCCCCAGCGAGAAGAGGAAACACAGGACUUCCCCAGCCCCCUCCAAGGCACUCUCAGGCUCCCAGCCCCCAAAGGACAGCACUGGGGACAGGAAACCCGAGCACUUUGCUGCUGUCUCCCUGACCCAGAGCCAGGGUCUACCCAACAGCUGCCGGGGCGGCAGCACUGUCAGGACUAGUGGCUGCCGACAGGCUGUGAUUGUCCAGGAGGAUGGCCAAAAAGACAGACUCCUGUUGCCUUUGAGAGACACCAAACUGCUCUCGCCGCUCAGGGAUGCCCCGCCACCUACAAGCUUGGUGGUGAAGAUCACCCUAGACCUCCUCACCCGCAUCCCCCAGCCUGUGGGGAAGGGGAGCCGGCCCCGGAAAACAGAAGACAAGCAGCUGCCUGCAGGGAGGAAGCAGGACUCGAAGAGGAGCUGCCACAGCUCCAGCAGAGUGACCAAUAAGAGGAAGGGCGAUCCAGAAAAGGACGGCGAUAACAAGAGACUCAGACUGGAGAAGGAACUCAAGCCUCAGACCGCGUCAUCUUCAUCUUCCCACCCGGAACCUUCCAAAACAAAGACACCCAGGCCCUCCUCAGAGUCCUCAAGAAAGGAAAUGCUUCCUCCUCCACCUGUGUCGUCGUCUUCCUCCUCCUCCUCCCAGAAGUCAAGCAAACCUGCACACAAGAGGUUAAAGCCGGAUGCAGACACCGGUAGCCAGGACCCUCCCAAAAGUGCCACCAGCAGCAAGGGCAGCUCAAAGGAAGCUUCUGCUCCCAAGCACAGAAAAGCACAGGCCAGGGGCUCAGAACUCAAAGGAUCUUCUGAAGAUGCUGCAAACCCUUUUCCAGUGCCUUCUUUGCCAAACGGUAACUCUAAACCAGGGAAGCCACAGAUGAAGGCUGACAGACAGCAAGCUGAUAUUCACAAGGAGGCUAAAAAGCUGAAGUGCAAAGCAGAGGCAAUGGCUGACAAGGCUGGAAAGGCCUUCAAGUAUUUGGAAGCUGUCCUGGCUUUCAUUGAGUGUGGGAUGGCCACAGAGUCGGAAAGCUCAGCCAAGUCAGCGUACGCCGUGUACUCAGAAACUGUGGACCUCAUUAAAUUCAUGAUGUCACUAAAAUCCUUCUCAGACGCCACAAUGCCAGCACAAGAGAAGAUAUUUGCAGUUUUAUGCUUGCGCUGCCAGUCCCUCCUGAACAUGGCAAUGUUUCGAUGUAAAAAGGAUUUAGUAAUGAAGUAUUCGCGCUCUCUCAGCGACCACUUCAAGAGUUCUUCCAAAGUGGCGCAGGCACCUUCUCCAUGCACGGCAAGAAGCACAGGCGUUCCGUCUCCCCUCUCCCCGAUGCCUUCUCCUGCCAGCUCCAUAGGGUCCCAAUCAAGCGCUGGCAGUAUGGGGAACAGUGGGGUGACUGCCACCAUCAGUACCCCAGUCGCCAUCCAGAACAUGACCUCCUCCUAUGUCAACAUCACAUCCCAUGUCCUCAAAGCCUUUGACCUCUGGGAACAGGCAGAGGCUCUUUCAAGGAAAAAUAAAGAAUUCUUUGCUCAGCUCAGCACAAAAGUGCGUAUCUUGGCCCUCAACAGCAGCCUGGUGGACCUGGUGCACUACACAAGGCAGGGUCUGCAGCGGCUGAAACAAGCUCCCAAAGCUCCCUAGCGCAGGCCAGGCUUGCUCCAUGCCUUGGAAUGUAUUUGCACAUUUGG